AUGGAGUGGGAGCGGAUCUACCGGGUGGGCGCCGGGCUGCACAACCUGGGGAACACCUGCUUCCUCAACUCCACCGUGCAGUGCCUGACCUACACGCCGCCGCUCGCCAACUACCUGCUGUCCAAGGAGCACAGCCGCAGCUGUCACCAAGGAGGCUUUUGCAUGUUGUGCAUUAUGCAGAACCACAUAAUCCAGGCUUUUGCCAACAGUGGGAAUGCAAUAAAGCCGCUGUCCUUCGUCCGAGACCUCAAGAAGAUCGCCCAGAACAUCCGCUUUGGGAGACAGGAGGAUGCGCACGAGUUCCUGCGUUACACCAUCGACGCCAUGCAGAAGGCCUGCCUGAGUGGCUGUACCAGGCUGGAUCGCCAGACCCAGGCCACGACGCUGGUUCACCAGAUCUUCGGCGGUUACCUGCGGUCCCGCGUGAAAUGCUCGGUGUGCAAGAGCGUCUCGGACACCUACGACCCUUACCUGGACCUGGCGCUGGAGAUUGGGCAAGCUGCAAACAUCGUGCGGGCGCUGGAGCUGUUCGUGAGGCCCGAGCUGCUGGGUGGGGAGAAUGCCUACAUGUGUGCCAGAUGCAAGAAGAAGGUGCCAGCCAGCAAACGCUUCACCAUCCACCGUGCCUCCAACGUCCUCACGCUGUCGCUGAAGCGCUUCGCUGACUUCGGGAGACGCAAGAUCACCAAGGACGUGGGGUACCCCGAGUUCUUGAAUGUCCGCCCCUACAUGUCUGAGAAAACGGGGGACCCGAUCAUGUACGGGCUCUACGCAGUGCUGGUGCACUCUGGGUUCAGCUGCCAUGCAGGACACUACUACUGCUAUGUGAAGGCCAGCAAUGGGCAGUGGUAUCAAAUGAAUGAUGCCCUGGUCCGCUUCAGCAACAUCAAAGUGGUCCUCAACCAGCAGGCCUAUGUGCUGUUCUACCUGAGAAUCCCCAGCCCCAGGAAGGGCUCAGAGGGGCCCGUUGCCAAAGCUGCCUCCAGCCUGUCUGGCUGCACUGGCAGUGUCUCGGAUCAGGCCAAGAAAACGGUGACCAACGGGCCCCUGUCUUCACCACCGAUGGGCCGGAGCUCAGACACACUGCCAGAGAAGAAGCUGCUGGGGCCGGAGGAGCUCGGGGUCCCUGUGGCCCGCAGCACGUUCACGGUGGGGCCGAAGCUGCUGAACGGAACCACGCCGUCAAAGCCGCCUGCUGGGUCCCCGUCCCCCAAACUGCCCCUCAGAGCCACCCACACGGCCACGGCGCUGCCCCACGACACAGCCCAGAGGCCCAAGAAGCAACUCUCCUUCCUCCCAAAAAAGCCACUCUCCUUCCUGCAGCUGCCUCCCACACCCAGAGCAGUUCAGGGCUUCAGCCACACGAGCAAUGCAAGCGGGGCCAAAGUGGAGCUGCCCCGGCAGAGCUCCUGGGAGAGCAAGCGGCCGCCUACCUCAUGCAGGGUGCUGCUGGGCAGUGGGGAGAACACGGGGACCCUGGAGAGGGACUCCUGCAGCAGCAGCGCUGCCAGCCCAGCGCACAGCGUGGUGGGGACGUUGGCCAAGGCGUCCCAGAAGGCCAAGAAUGGAACUGGCAGCUUCUGCACCUCUCAGGACACAGACUGCGGCACGGACCUCGCUGCUGGCAGUGAGCCAGCUGCCCCCGGAGACUCCAAACCGGCAAAACUGAAACCCUCCCCGUUGGGCAGCACCGCCCUGGAGCUGAGCAGCACCACAUCACCACCACCGGCCAAGAAGCUGGUCCUCUCUGCCAAAAAGGGCAGCACCCCGGGGAAGGCGAGCGGGAGUGACCGCCAGGCACAGCCCCACCCACGCUUCACCGAGCACCCCACCCACCCUGGCAGCAGGUCGAGCAGGGAGAAGGGGCCCAGCCAGGUCACCCCUGGUUCCUCCAGAAAAAGGCGUCGAAAGCAGCAGCAUGGAGCUGUGAAUGCUGAUGAUGAAGUCCCCAAACCCCCCAGGAAGAAGAAACUUGCUCAGGGAGGCUUGGUGUCCCUUGCAGAGAAGGAGGUGGCAGGCAAGGGUGACCAGGAGGAGCUGGGCUAUGGGGACCUGGAGCACAGGCCCAAGCAGCAAGUGUCAGACCCCACUGAGCACACCUACCCCCUCAAGAAGAAGAAGAAGAAAAAGAGGAGAAUGGAGGAGACGGAAGAGUGCUGCUCUGGGAUGCUGUCCUCAGGCAG